GCGAGAGGCGUGUGUGUGUGCGUGUGCGUGGGGUGACACGCGCGACGAAAUGAGAUGAGAGCUCUCCGAUGGGGCCGGAGGGGCCCCCCAGGCUUCAGCCCUACCGCCACCCCGCAGCUCUGCCCGGCGAGAGUCCCCGCCACCAGUAAGGCAAAGGGUGGGGAGGAACUGGGAGAUACUGUGCCACUGACCUGUGCCUCCACCUCACCUGUGAGCUGCCAUGGCCACGCUAGAGACGCUGCCAGUUCUUAGUGACCCAACGUACCCCAAUCCAGAGAACUUCCACGGGUUUGCUCCUCGGCCAUCCCAAAACACCUCCCGGAGCAUCAUGGGGAGCGUGGGGAGCGGAGUGGCCAACGACCAGGAGUUUGCCAUGAAGAGCGUGGGGACCAGAACGCAGAGCAGCGGCCGGCAGAUGGAGGGGUCACGCAAUGGGUUCUCCACAAGGGAGAUCUCCAACCGCUACUCCGGCGAGGAGAAGACGUACAAGUCAGAGAAGGUCUCCAAUUCCCUCUACAUCAACGGCGACCUGCGUAAGAGUGAGAAGGUGAAGAUGGACAUCUGUGGGAAUGUGACCACCAACAACGAGAAGAACAUGCCACCUCCUCCCCAGUACCGAGAGCCCAGUAACCCACCAAAGAUAUUGCCAAUCUCCGGCAAACUAGACCAGAGCAAUGAGCCCUUAGUUAGACCCUCAGCCUUUAAACCAGUAGUUCCUAAAAACUUCCAUUCCAUGCAGAACCUCUGCCCGCCGCAGAGCAACGGGGUGACAGAGAACAGAAAGAGCUUGAACCACGCCAACAGCAAUAGCCCAUCCGCACCCAAAAGUGGACUCGACAAGAGCAGCCUUAACAGGACUACAAACCAAGUGGGAGGCCUUUCGGAUUCGGGCCGUAACUCGUUAACGAGUCUGCCCACGUAUGGGACAGGCUACAGCCAGCACGUGGGCCCCAUGAGCGCCUCGACCAGCCACAUCAACCGCAUCGGCACGACCUACACGGACAAGAACAUCGUGGGGUACAACGGGAUAUCUACCUCAGACAGCGGCCGCUCCUCGAGCAAGAGCACCUCUUCGUUCAACAGACUGAACCAUCUCAACGAAACGAUGCCUUUCCACUCUCCUUCCACCGACGACAUCAUCCAAGACUUGGAAGACAGGCUGUGGGAGAAGGAGCAGGAGGUGCUCCAGAUGAGAAGAAACUUGGACAAGAGCGAGGCAGCCAUCUUCCAAGUGUUCGAGGAGAAGCAGAAGAUCUGGGAGCGGGAAAUGGAGGAUCUCAGGCAAAACUACGCCAACAAAUUGCAGCAGGUCUCCAAAAAGGCGCAGCGGGCGCAACAGGCCUUGCAGCUCCAGAUAUUCAAGCUGCAGCAGGAGAAAAAAAAACUCCAGGAUGACAUGGGGCAACUCCUGCAGCAGCGAGAGGAGCUGGAGAAGAAAUUUGUGGCUUUCAAGAAGGAGCAGGCUGAGUUCCUCCCGAAGAUUGAAGAGACCAAAUGGGAGGUGUGCCAGAAGGCGGGUGAGAUCUCCCUGCUUAAGCAGCAACUGAAGGAUUCCCAAGCGGACGUCUCCCAGAAGCUGAACGAGAUUGUGGGGCUGCGGACACAGCUCAAGGAAGGUAAGAACUUCCUCCGGGAGAAGGAGGAACAAAUCCUCACCUUGAAGGACUCCUACAGCUCCAAGAGCGUCAACCUGGAGAUCUGCGAGAGCGAGCUGCAGCGGAAGAUGAGCGAGGUCCAGGUGCUGAGGGAAAAACUGAACCACUGUGAGCUGGAGGUCUCAGGACUGAAGCGGACACUUGCCAGCAUGGGACCUCCGGGGCCUUUUGGUGGGGACCUGGCUGAGAAGCUGCAGGACCCGCUGGCCUGUGAAAGCGACGAGGCCAAGAUGCAGAGGCAGAGCAGCGAGGACAGCGUCAACGCGCUGCGGAAGGAGGUGGAGAGGCUGCAGACGGAGCUGAAGCUGGAGCGGCAGCAAAGGGAGCAGCAGGUGAUGGACUUCGAGGAGGAACGGCGCACGUGGCAAGAAGAGAAGGAGAAAGUCAUCAAGUACCAGAAGCAGCUGCAGCUGAACUACGUGGAGAUGUACCAGAAGAACCAACUCUUGGAGCACAAGGUGAACGAGAUGAACACAAAGACCACCAGCCCGCCGCACACCGAGGAGAAAAAAACGUGGACUCCUUCCAGGCUGGAGCGAAUAGAGUCCACUGAGAUCUGAGGUGGGACCAGGACAAUACCCGUGAUUCUUUUUAUUGCUGUGCAUGUACUACCUGCUCAAGCCAGUGGUCCUCUGAAGGAUAACACAAUACCGUAGGAGCGGUGUGAGGUGGCUUGCACUGAGCUCCAUCACCCUUACUCUAUUCUUCUGUGCUCUGUAGGUAAAUAACCGUGGACGUGCGUUGUUUUUCUAUGAUGAAGCGACAUCUCUUUGUUUGUUUUUUUUUCCUAGUACAGCUGGUGAGGGUCAAUUGGCUCAUUUGUAAUCUGCCGUGACUGUUACUUCACUAGAGGCUGCCAUCCCCUCUCCUACAAUUCACCCCUCUUUGGUUGGUUGUUUUGGAGGGUUGUACUUGGUUUCUUUGGUUUUCCAAGCACUUCUGUGCAGCAAAGCAGUGCAAAUUUGGCAGGUUUUUUUUUUUAUUUUUUUUUUUCUAGGGCAUUUUUAGCCACAUUGGCUAACGAAGCAAAGCUCUUGGGAUCACGAGCAAACUCACUGUUUUGCAUCAAGUAUCUUGUCUAGACAACGGUCUUAGUGAAGUCAGUGGGAGAAUGGCCACUGAUUUCAGUGAAACCAGACAUAUCUCCAGCAGAUGACUCUCUCUUGCAGCCCAUGGCUAGCAUGGUUGCAAGAGGUUAGGACCUACUUGUGAAGCAGUGUGAGCUAGUCCUGGUAACAUAAGCCAACAAGGAGUGGCUACCCAGUAGGAGCCUUGUUUGAGACUCAACAGAGCUUGGUACAUGCUGUGUUUUCAUUUUGUUGUGGUUUCUGUUUCAUUUCCACUUGCCUCCUGGGUUGUGACCUAAUCCUGGGAGCAUAAAUACCCUCCCACCUCUGCCUUGAUCCCUCUGUUCUUAAAUAUAUUCAUGCUGGAUACAGAAAAGAAAAAAAAAAAUAUUAGAUCCAAGCUAGUUCCCUUUCUCCAGAGUCCUCUGAAUUCCCACAGUCAAUGGAACAAGGUUUGGGGAACCCCCAAACCUGUGGGUUGUUUAUGCAAACAGAAGCUUUAGCAAUUUCCCAAUAGUGGACAAUUGUACUAACCCGUUCCCAAAAGAGAGACAGUUUGGUGCAUUCUCUCUGCCCAGGGUCUAUUUACAAAUGGCAUCCAAGCCUCACUCAGGAGCUGCAGGGAGCACAUAUCAGCACUACCACUAGAUUGCAGUGAGGGAAGUGAGCAUCAGCCUUCAGCACAACCAUUUGGAAUAGUGCCCAUCGUGAUCCCAAAUGGCAUCAUCUAUUCCAGAUAAUGCAGGGCCAGCUUAACAAAAUUGUCAGCUACUAACUCUGAGUAUGAGAGCAUUCAUAAGAAGACACAGUACACAGAUCAUACAAGUGCUUAUGCCCUGGCAGAAUAAUAACCAAAUCCUACAUGUGCACUCACUGAAAAUGAUGCAGACACCAAAACACAGCAUUUCACUUUAAAAGGUGGGCAAAAUGCUCCCUUUCACGGACACUUUUCUACCAUGAUCUACAGCAAAGAAUAAAAAGUGCUGUAAAGUGGGAUUUGUACUGACUAGGCAGUGGCCAAAGGAUCAAUGCAAGUGGAAAUUUAGGCUCUUUUCUUUAAGGAGCAGCUAGAAGAACAAAGGCAGAAUUUAUACCUUGGGAUGCCUGUAUGAGGUGACUUCAGGGAGGGUUUGGCCUGAUGAUGCCUGCACAAUAAGGAAGAACCUCAGAGUGUUGAGAGGCUGAAGACCUUUCAAACAAAAGUCCAGAAGCCACUUUCCUUCCACAUUCCCUUCCCUCUGAGCACUCCCCUCUCUGUCACCAGAUCUGACAUUCAUGCUGGGGUGAUGUGGUGUUAUGGUGAGCUCCAGACUGAGCAAAGAGGCUGAGCAGGACAGAAGGGACUCCACCAAUUUCACCAACCUCCAGCCAAAGUCAACAGACAGUGUUACAGGGAGGAACUGCUAGUAGCUGGCAGUGAUCCCUGGAGCUGUAAAAAAAAUGGAGAUGUGCAAUGAGACCAGGGUAUUUCAAGACUCCAGUCCUCCAGCAAGGACCUGGCAGAAGGUCAUUGGCACAGAACUGCUUCAACCUGCUGGAAUCAAUGGAGCAGGUCCUUGGUUCCCACGCCAGCCCUCCUCUUUGCUUUGGUGUUUCAGAGGCUGCAGCCUGAGCCAGAGGCUCUAAAGACAUCCUACGUAUGCUGCAUACACCCUUAGCAGGUAGAUCCUUGGGCUUCCUCCAUUUCAUACACUGGGCUUUGUAGAUGGAGCAGAACACCCCACAAUGUCAGGGUUGAAGUUAUGAUGUCUUGUGUUAUCUCAGCUUUCUGUGCCUCUCUUUCCACAUCUGUAUCGUCUUCCAUCCCAAAGCAGCUGACAGGGCCUUGUGCUUGUGAAGGGUUUUGCAGUCCUUGGACAUAAAGGGCAAAGCAUGGAGGAAAUGUAAGAAAUGCAAGAAGUUUCAAGUCUCAAA